AACUAGUUAAGAGAAGUUAAUUUUAUUUCUUCAUCUUUUGCCAAUUUUUUAAAUUUAAAUGGCAAGUCUAAAAUUUCUUUCUAUUUUUAUAGUUUAUUUUGCAAUUUUAUUGGGGUUUGUUAAUUCACAAGGCCUAGAAUUAGGGUUCUACAAGAAAACAUGUCCAAAUUUGGAAGCAAUUGUGAAAAAGGCAGUUGCAGACUUUGUUUCUCUUGAUCCAACUUUGGCUGCCCCUUUGUUGAGAAUGCACUUUCAUGAUUGUUUUGUCAGGGGAUGUGAUGGUUCAGUGCUACUUAAUUCUACUAAAAGUAAUAAAGCUGAGAAAGAUGCAAUUGCAAACUUAAGCUUAAGAGGAUUCCAAGUGAUUGAUGCUGCUAAAUCUGCUUUAGAAAAACAGUGUCCUGGCACUGUCUCUUGUGCCGAUAUUUUGGCCUUAGUAGCUCGUGAUGCUGUUUCAUUGAUUAAUGGACCAACAUGGCAAGUACCAUUGGGAAGAAGAGAUGGGAGAGUUUCAGUUCUCUCAGAAGCCACAACAAAUUUGCCAACUCCUUUCGAUAAUUUCACUACUCUAAAAACAAGAUUUGGUGCGUUGGGCCUAAAUGUCAAAGAUCUUGUUGUUCUAUCAGGUGGACACACUAUUGGAGUAUCACAUUGCUUUUCCUUUGGAAGCCGUUUGUACAAUUUUACUGGUAAAGGUGAUAUGGACCCAAACAUGGACAAAAAUUACAUAGCCCAAUUGAAGACAAAAUGUAAGCCCAAUGAUGUGACAACCACAGUUGAAAUGGACCCUGGAAGUUUCAAAACAUUUGACACUGAUUAUUACACUUUGGUCAGCAAAAGAAGAGGGCUAUUUGUAUCUGAUGCAACACUUCUUACAGAUAAACAAACAAGAACUUACGUUUCGGCACAGUUAAGUUCUAACGGGUCAACUUUUUUUGAGGAUUUUGGGGUGUCAAUGGUGAAUAUGGGCAAAAUUGGAGUUCUUAAUGGAAAAUCGGGCGAAAUUAGAAAAAGAUGUGCUUUUAUAAAUUAAGAGGAAUAAUUUUGUGAAGUUAUUUCUCUUGCAGAAUUCUAGUCAUUUUCGUAUCAUUUUUUUCUUAUUUCAAUUUUUAAUUAGUUUGUGAAAAAUGUAUUGUGUGGUGUGGUAUACGAAUCUUUUUGUAUUUUAAUUAUAUAAGUUUGUCAUUCAGUAUGUUAAGUAUGUAACUAAUAAAAUUGGU